CCACUCAGGGUUCAAGCAACCCGACCCGACCCGGACACAGGCCCUGUGGGUUUUUGCUCACCACGCGCUGCGGAAGCGCAAGUGAGUCGACAGUGGCACUCAAAACGCAAAGACUUUAUGGGUCAAACUGAAAUCAAAACCUCAUCAUCCUCAACACUCACCCAACCCAACAUCACACCUUGAACACCGAAACAUAACAACAACAACAACGACACGGUCAUUCACUCACUCUAUCACUCCCUCGGAACUAAAAUCUCGCCUUUCUUACUAAGCCUCAUUGCCCAAGACAACAUAAUCAAUGUUCCCAAACUGUAACCGCUACAACAGCUCUAAGAUUUCCACCUAAAUCAUAGCCUCAUCUUUCGUCCUUAAUUCUAAACUCUUUGGUGAAGUGGCUUAAUUACUCAAUCAUAUAUCAUAUAAAACAUUUCAGAGACGACUUUUUCUGCAUUGUUGUUCAAUUGGGUCGUCGAAUCUCUUUUCAGAAAACUCUUUUUCCCCCAAAUGGAUGAUCUUUCGUCCAGCCUUCUGUGCCAAGAAAACGAUACGUGUUUGGAAGAAGGAGGUGAUGAAUUAGAAUGCCAAUUGGUUGGAUCACGGCAUGAUUGUGGGGUUUCGGAGGAUGAGUAUGUGGGGAUUUUGGUUGAGAGAGAGAUCGUUCUUGGGUUCAGAAGGGACGAAAGUUUGGUGUUUGGGGACUGGAUGAAGCGUGCACGCUUGGAGGCAAUCAAUUGGAUUCUCAAAACAAGAGCAACAUUGGGUUUUCGCUUCGAAACGGCUUAUUUGUCAGUCACAUACUUCGAUCGAUUUCUUUCUAGACGGUCCAUUGAUAGUGAAAAGUGGUGGGCAAUUCGGUUGCUUUCAAUUGCAUGUCUCUCUUUGGCUGCAAAGAUGGAGGAGUGCAAUGUGCCAGAGCUAUCAGAGUUCAAAUCGGAAGACUAUUCCUUUGAGGGAAAAGUGAUUCAGAAAAUGGAGCUCUUGGUGCUCACCACAUUGGAGUGGGAAAUGGGUAUCAUCACUCCCUUUGAUUUUCUUUCCUAUUUCAUCACAAAGUUCUGUAAAGAAUCUCCACCAAGUCCUACUUUUUCCAAGACCAUGCAACUCAUCUUUACCACUAUGAAAGAGGUAAAUUUAAUGGAUCAAAAACCAUCAGUUAUUGCAGCGGCUGCUACAUUAGUGGCAAUGGAUCAAAAAAUGACGAUGGAGGAGGUGGAGUUGAAGAUGAGUUCAAUUCCUCAACAUAGGCUUCUAGAACCUAAAGAUGUAUUGGAGUACUACAAUCUAAUUCAAAGAUUACAGGAGGAGGAGACCAAAAGGGACACGCACACGCCAAUCGACGUGACUGACAGCUCCAGAGUUACUUCUUCCGCAGCAAUGGCAAAGAGAAGAAGACUCACAUUCAGUGAUGAAGGAAGUAGUCAUGGGAAGAAGGGACAGGGCUAGAAAAAUCCAAAUUUUUUCAAUAUUUUUUAAGGUCUAAUUAUUUAAUUGUGAAGAUUAUGUUUUGGCAUUCUUGAUUAGUUCUAGCAUUAAUCUCACCCAGAGAUAGAGGGGGUGAAAGUUAAACCCACAUGUGAAAGGUAUUGAUUGUUGGUGCAAGAAAAGUUUUUUAGUAUUGAUUUGGUGUCUUCCUGAGUAACCAGCAAGGCAAAGAAGAAAAAGGAGGAAGCAAGAAUAAAAAUUCAGGGUUUGGGAUACAUAUUUUAGUUGAAGUGUUCAAAUCAAAUCACCAGGUAAACACAAAAGGCCAGAUGCUGAUCUAGAAAGCUGCAGAAUCAGAAGCAGCCAGUUAGGACUUAGGACAUUGUUUGUCCUCUUUUACCCUUAUAAUUUAUUGUGAUUUUUCUCCA